UGUGUUUGAACGGCGUUAGUGGAAACACGCUUUGUGGCAAAGUAACUGAAAACUAGCAGUUUUGUGAGCAGCGACCGUGAAGCGGAGCUCGCUGAGUUGUUUUCAGCGCUCGCUCGUGGAUCUUGCGUGUUUGGCGCACACUCAGCGGGCGUGUUCGCUAGCGAUGGCAGCUAGCAGCCGUUAGCGAACCCGCUCAGGCUCCUGGCGAGUUUCCCCUCAGACCCGAGACUUGAUCCGCCUCCACGGGGCUUGUUUUAGUGCUCGGUUGGUUCUGGACCGCGUGGCGCUGUUAUAACGUUAGUUCGCCCCGGUUCUGAGUGUGCUACCCGUCAACAGGUGGGAUCCGAGAGCAGUGGACAGAAAUAAAGCGGAGGUCCUACAUGGCUGCGCCAACGCUGCAACAGCCCAGUUACCUGCUGGCAAACCUUAAAGCUGAUUCUACAACCAAACCUCUCCUCCAGCGAUGCCAAGACCUGGUAAAGAUCAUUGAUGAAUAUCCAGCAAAGGAGUUGCACUUGAUUUUCCCCUGGCUGGUGGAGAGCGUGUUUGGGAGUCUGGAUGGCGUCAUUGCUGGCUGGAACCUGCGACUCCUGCAAUCACGGAGCAACGAGUACAACAUUGUGAUGGAGUUUCUGAACCCCAGUGGGCCGAUGAUGAAGCUUGUGUAUAAACUACAAGCAGAAGACUACAAAUAUGAAAUACCUGUCAGCUAUCUGCCAGGUCCGGUGAAAGCGUGCAUCCAGGAGGGGGUUCUGCCAGACUGCCCACUGUUCCACAACAAGCUGCAGUUUCCCCUGUCUGGUCUGACUCUGAGCCUCGCCCUCAACCCAUUUGAAUACUUCAUGUUCAGUCUUGCCUACUGUCUCAUCACGCCAAAGAACUCACCCCCAGGCCAACAUGGGAGCUCCGCAGACAGCGCCUACUUUGUGCUGGUGGACACCUACCUGAAGUACUUCCUCCCCUCUGAAGGAAGCGUGGCCCCUUCGCCUUUCGACUCGAGAGGCUCCGUCUCUGCACCGUCACCCAGAUCAUCUGGUGUUUCUUUUGCUGGUUAUGGCGUUCACAGCCCCAGUCUCCUGAAACACCACAUUUUCCAUCAGCCCUCGGUUAACGCAGACCCCUCAGCCCAGGAAAUCUGGAGGUCUGAAACUUUAUUACAGAUGUUUGUGGAGAUCUGGCUGCAUCACUACUCCUUGGAGAUGUACCAGAAGCUGCAGUCUCCUCAGCUGGCGCUGCUGCAGUACCGCCUCAGUAUGUCCAGCACGCCGUGCCAGCCCCACGUCCCACCAGGCUCUGGGACCCUCCACACCUACCAAGUACUUUUACCUUUUCAUUCCCCCCUGGCCCUGUGGGGCCUCCUGGAGGAGCCCUUCACUCCGACAGAGGAGCACGUGCUGGUGGUGCGUCUCCUGGUCAAACAUCUGCAUGCGUUCUCCAACAGCCUGAAGCCUGAGCAGCUGUCCGCCUCCCCGUCGGCCCACUCCCACACUCACCCCAGCCCGCUGGAGGAGUUCAAGAGGGUGGUGGUGCAGCGUUUUGUGCAGCAGAAGUUGUACCUGUUCCUCCAGCACUGCUUCAGUUACUGGCCCCUGGACGCCUCCUUCAGAGCCGUGCUGGAAACGUGGCUCAGUUACAUCCAACCUUGGCGAUACACAGAGGAGAAGAGCAACCCUCAGACAGACCCAAACCGAGCAGUACCUGACAAAUGGGAGUUGUUUGUUCAGGAGAACCUGCUCAUAUACACAAAGCUCUUCCAGGUUUUCCUGAACCGAGCAAUAAGAACCGAUCUGGUUAAUGCAAAAAAUGCGCUGAUGGUUUUCCGGGUGUCCAAAGUGUUUGCUCAGCAGAACCUUACGGAGAUGAUCCAGAAAGGAGAGCAGUUAUUUCUGGAGCCUGAGCACGUCCUCCACCACCGGCAGCCCCGCGGCUACCUGACGCCGAGUCAAGGAGGCAGCUACCUGUCGUCACGGCAACGGGUGGUGACCGACAUGGUGUUCAGGGUGAAGAGCCACGUCUACGCGUUGGAGGGACAGGACUGUCAGUACAAACAGAUGUUUGGCACCGAGCUCAGAGGAGCAAUCAUGAAGUUGAUCCAGAUCAUCGCACAGGCCAGACAAACAGCAAAGAGGAUCUCUGAUCAUUCUAAUGAGGUGGCGGCCAACAACUCGUUCCUGUCCUGGUUCGGCCUGGGCUCCUCUGAUCUUAACAACACCUUCUUUGGGGCCGAAACAGAGGAGAGCGGGGAGUGUGUGAAGAAGACCCACGAGUUCCUGGACAGAGCUCUGGACAACCUGUGUCAAAUCUUCAAGCUGAACCAGGGGCAGCUGACUCAGCUCAUAUCAAACCUAUGUUCGGCUCAGGAUGACGGCAACUGCAAACAGCUGCCAGACUGCGUUCAGGGGGAGAAUGGCCUGAUCCUGACUGACCUGGGCAGGAGGCAGAUCAUAAAUGGCCUGCGCAGGUUUGACAUCCAGUAUCAAGGAGACCCGGAGCUCCAGCCCAUCCGGAGCUAUGAGAACGCCCUGCUGGUCAGGCUGUUCUACAGGAUCUCCUCUCUGCUCAAUGACAGGUUUGGAGACCACAUGAGCACGCUGUGCUCACGUCCAGACUUCCUGGGACGUCUGAGUCGUCACUACUUCACCGACCCGGCUUCUGGAACAAAGCAGAGGCAGAGCCCGGCAUCACCGCGGACGCCGGGGAGCGACCGGCGGCCGCGGCUGAGCCUGCGCCCUCUGGCCAGCUACAGGACCAUGCUGCUGCUGCUGCUGCUCUACGUGCUGGGAGCCCUUCUGUCGCUUGGGCCCGUGUCCAGCACGGUGCUCAUCCUCGGCGCCGGCUUUCUGUACGGACUCUUCAUGGCCGUGUUUGGACACAAACUGAAGUCACACUAGUUCCUCGGUCUUCCUACAAUAACACAGGCUCAGGUUUUACUGUUGAGGUCCCUGAUGGUUAUUGAAGUGGUAUUUAUCUGAGGCUGCAACUGACUCAUUUGCCAGCGUGACUUGUAAAACUGUGUAUUAUUCUCCAAGCCCAAGUGGUUUUAUUUGAAUUUUUUUGCUGAUGUUUAAUUUUACAAAACAGUAGGUUUCUAAAUGUCAAGAUGAGCAGAUAAUUUUGAUAUUCGAUAAACUUUCCUGCAGGAGCUUGUUAAAUGCUGACUGACUCUGCUCUUCAUUGAUUCCUGUGGAGACAGAACUAACGUGUAGGAAUCCUAAUGGAAGCACAGCGAAGAUGUACGGAUUUGUUUUUAAUUUGGACUUUGUGGCCGCGUUCAGGACACUGUUGCUCUGUGUGAUCUGAAAAGACGCCGGCCCAGACACGAGUGUCCUGAUGCGACAAAUAUCAGUAAAACUCCAGCAUCUAUGUCCAAAGGAAUCAAUCAACUGCACUUGUUUGUAGCUGCUGUGAGGCUUCACUUUUUGUAUAAAAAUUAUUUUAUUUAGAUACUUUGACUAAAUAUUUGUUGUUUAUCUUGCAAACAGACUAAAAGGGCAAAAAACUCAAAAAUUAAAAACCGUUAACAUCAAA